CAGUUGUGGAAUGGCGAACAGUAUAAAUUUGAACUUCGACGAUGCAGGAUUUCUCUGAAAAAUCAAUUUCCCUCCUAGGUUCUCCGGUGAUAGUGACAGUGUUUUGUGAUUUUCUAGUGAAUGGUUUGGUGAAUCUGGUGCCUUCUCCUGUUAUCAUUGGCAAGUUUCCAGCACAUGCAACAAAAGCAGCAGGAGUGUGUAGAAGUGGUACUAGAUCGGUAGUGGGUCGUGGAAAACCGAAAGUGCGAUUUAAACCGAAGAAAAUAGCUGGCGCCGGAAGUGAGCGGAAGAACGGCCAAUGUUCUAGGUGUGUUAUUGUGGCCGAGGGUUGAUCCUGCUUUUGUCACUGUGCUUGAAUUGAAGGGUAUAUUACACCUACUGUAGCCGAGAUAGUGUAACUUUCCGCUGGAUUGUAGUGAAAAAUGGGGAAAACUGGAGCACUGUAGGGUCGACAUGAUGCCGUGCGAACACCGGAAGUGCACCAACCGAAGGAACAAACCAGACACGCAGCAGCUGCAAAAGGACUUGGGAAAGAUUGUUGGAUGCUAUCGCCCUGAUCCUCGCAUUUAACACUCCCUGAAAAGCAUUAACCCAAAGACCAAAGAAUGACUUCACGCUUGGAUCGUUUGUUCAUCCUGCUGGAGUCCGGCUCGGCAGCGGUAACACGGAAAGCGGCCGCCAAGCAGAUCGGAGAGGUCCAGAAGCUGCACCCGCACGAGCUGCACAACCUGCUGGGACGCCUGUUGACCUACCUGCACAGCAAGGACUGGGAGACGCGGAUUGCCGCCUCGCAGGCAGUUCAGGCCAUCCUGGAAAAUGUCCCCCAGUGGAACCCGAAGGGGGUAGAUGAGCUACCCGGCGGAGGUGGGCCAAACGUUGGGGGUGAAUACAAUACUCAAACCGCGGCCGGGAGCUCGCGGUUGUCGUUCGAGAAGUUCGACCUGAAUGCGGUGUUGCAUCGUGGGGCUCGGCUGAUGGGUUCCGAAGGGACGGAGUUCGAUGCGAUUGAUGAUAAUGAUGGGGGUGAUCCUCGGGAGAAAUGGGCGCGCCAGAGGGCACUGCUGAACGAGAAGCUAGGCCUCAGUACGGGCGUCAAUUUGGAUGAUAUUGUGUCGAUUGAUGAUAUGCAGAAUCGGAGUGUUCAGGUACAACUCGCUAGGCAGGACGGCGAAAGACUGAUGCCAGUUCAGGACAUUUUGAAGCUGGAACAAGAAGGAUCUAGUCAAGCGUUGAGCUGUCGGGAGAAGAACCGAGCUCGACGGAAAGCACGCGAGCAGCAGAAGGCUUUCCCUAAUCCGAUCAAUGCAGUCACAGGUGGUGGCUCCGGUGGUGGCCUAAACGGAUCCGGUGCGGAUGGUGAACCGGAUCGGAAACGACUCAAAACUGAUGGCAAGUCAGAUACGACGGCGUUUGCCGAUCCCGUGCCGGAUUUAACGGGGUCUUGGGUCGAUGCAACUGAAUGGCCCCUGGAAUCAUUCUGUUCCAAGCUUUAUAUGGACUUGUUUAGUCCGCGGUGGGAAACUCGACACGGAUCGGCUACGGCGCUUCGUGAACUGCUCAAGAGCCAUUCUCAAGGAGCAGGAAAAAGUAUUUUCAUGACAAAGAAGCAAAUGAACGAGCAGCAUCAGCUGUGGUUGGAAGACGCCACAUUGCGAUUGCUUUGCGUCCUAGCCUUGGAUCGAUUUGGAGACUUUGUGUCCGAUCAAGUCGUUGCCCCUGUACGAGAAACAUGCGCCCAAGUACUCGGUACGGUUCUAAAGCAACUGCCUCUGCAAAACGUCCACAGAACCGUAAGUGUUCUACUAACGUUCAUCAAGCAAAAAGACUGGGAAGUCCGUCAUGGUGGUCUUCUGGGAAUCAAGUACAUGCUAGUCGUUCGGGAAGAUCUGGUUCAAACGUUCUUACCUCUAAUCAUCAACGAUGUGUUGACGGGACUUUUCGACUCGGUGGAUGACGUGGGAGCUGUCGCAGCAGCCACCAUCAUACCCAUUGCUUCCUGGCUACCAAAGCUGCUAACAAAAAAUCAAGUUUCUCACAUCGUAAAACUGCUGUGGGACCUCCUGUUGGACCAGGACGAACUUGCAUCCGCCUGUAACAGUUUCAUGGGGCUGUUGGCCUCGAUUCUGAGCCUCCCAAAUGCAUCCAGCUGGAUCCAAAUGGAACCAAUGUCCGUUCUAGUGCCACGCCUUUGGCCAUUCCUUAGUCACUGUACCUCAUCCGUACGAAGAUCUACUCUCCAAACUCUGAGAACACUCACCGAUAGUAAGCUUACGGCUCAAAGUGAACCUUCGACGCCCACCGGAAGCAAUGGCAUGAACGGCAAAGCCACAUCGGUUAUAGUUAGCACGGCAGAAGCUUUGGCUAAGGCCGCGACUGAGACCAACACGAUCCUCCAGGUAGAUCCCUCAGAGAAUCUAGUGCUGAACUUUGGAGUGCAGGACUGGCCACCUGCUUUGCUUCAGGAAGCUCUUCGUCACAUUUUCCAACGGGUACUGGUGGAGCACGUGGAAGACAUUCAAUGCUUGGCCGAAGAAGUAUGGAACAACCUCAUCACCAACGCAGAACUCUCGGCCCUUCUUCACGCUUCCUGCCCGUACGUGGCCAGCUGGCUUUGUUUGGCAAUGCAACCGGUCCGCCUGGCUUUCGAUCCGUCCUCCUUGAUCUACGCCAAACCGAUUCAGCCUUCGCAGCUGCGUGAACGUCGUCGGCAGUUCGAUUCCUUCGAUAGCGGUAUUCCAUCGCGGCAAAAGCUGUUCCUCGGCGGAUCGGAAACCAUCCCGAUUGAGAUGCGCGAAAAGAACGUUAUCCGUGCCCGGAUCAAAACGUCCAAAAUGAUUGGUCUGUUGUCGCGGUAUCUGGUUCUGCCGGCACCUGGCGUUGUCUACACCCCGGAGAUUGAAAGUCCAAUCGACUGUUAUACCAAAGUUCUGCUCGGCUAUCUGCAGUCUCGCUCGGCGCUUCAGAGGUUGAUUGCUAGCCUUGUGAUUGCGUUCUGGUGCUCGGCGGACGACACCAUCAAACCAGGACUCAUUUCCCUUCAGGAGCGCUUGAAAGGAUGUUUGAACGAGUAUGUUUAUUAUGAUGAGGUUGGUAUAUUGUUCACCAGACUUCUGCAGGAAAGCAGGGACUACCUGGCCACUUUGAAGCAGCACAAGAUUCAGUUCGUGGAGUUUGAAAACUUGAAAGUUCUGAGCUUGGAUCAGAUCUUUCAGCUUUGCACCGUGAUGUCGGAAAAUAUGAAAACCAAGUACGGUUUGAAGACUAAAAUUGCGGAAAUGUUGGAGGAACGCCGACGGGGUUUGUACAAUUCGCAUGCUAGUACGGCUUUGGAGCAGAGCAAUCUUCACAUCAGCACCCAGGCAUCGCUUUCAGGAGCAGUGGUCAGCUUGAAAUGCCUUCCGGAAAAGUUGAAUCCCGUCGUGAAGCCCUUGAUGGAAUCUAUCAAACGCGAAGAGUGUGAACUGCUUCAAAAGCUCUCCGCCAAAUAUCUGGCCGACCUACUGGAUCAAGUCACCGUUCGCAAUCCCUGUCCAAACAACAAGAUCGUUUCAAACUUGUGCACCUUAUUGAAAAGCGAUGCGGACUUCACGCCGAAGCUGAUUAUACCGGACCGUGAAAUGCGACACUUUGAUCCCGCUAACACAAGCGACACCAACCCAUACCACGGAAUCAUAACUUUACUGAAUCAGCAAAAGACCAAAGAAGGUCACAAUGGUACUGCUUCGGGGUCACGUGGUCCCGGUAGGCCAUCGUCGGUUACCUCAGAUAUCCCAACGCUGGAAGACGCCCUCAACGAAAACGAAGAAACUAGUCGCAAACACGCCCGUACUCAAAGACUAGGCGCCACGCAUGCCAUAACCACGAUCUGUUCGUACUUCAAGCAAAACCUCCCGGAGAAGCUUCCCGUACUGUGGCAGAUGAUGACGGAGAAGAUCAUUACCAAAGUUGAUGAGAGCUACGUUGACCGACUGAGUCGACAGAUCGUAAACCAGGAAGAUACGAACGACUUCAUGACGUCACUGCAGCUAAUUGAAAUCGCUUCGAGACACAUUGAUCAAGCCUUACACGAUCAGUUGUUCCAGCUACUACCAAAGCUUUGCCUGUUGCUGAGACAUCCUUUGAAGUCAAUCCGCCACAUGGUUGGUCGAUGUUUGGCCACCUUAGCUGUGGUCAACUCGCAAGUCGUCAUGACCAUGGUGAUCAACGAUAUCGUACCCAUGCUGUCGUCGAUCGAGAACGUCGUUAAGCGGCAAGGUGCCGCCGAAGCCAUUGCCUGUAUCGUUAGCAAGCUACAGAUGGAAAUCGUUCCGUACGUAGUCCUACUGGUUGUCCCGCUGCUGGGACGCAUGAGCGAUCCCGACCAAUCGGUUCGCCUGGUAUCGACUCACUGUUUUGCUACAUUGAUCCAGCUGAUGCCACUGGAUGGAAUCACUCCGAAUGUGCGUGGCCUUUCCGAAGAUCUCAAGAACCGCAAACUCAAAGACAAGGAGUUCCUGGAGUAUCUGUUCACGCCGAAAACGAUUCCGGACUUUAAAAUACCGGUCGAGAUCAAUGCCGAUCUGAGAAGCUACCAGCAAUCCGGCGUCAACUGGUUGUGGUUCUUGAACAAGUACAAACUACACGGUAUUCUAUGCGAUGAUAUGGGCUUGGGUAAGACUCUACAGGCAAUUUGCAUCCUUGCUGGAGAUCAUCACCAACGUAGCCUCGAUCCGAAAUGUGCCAAGCUGCCGAGCUUGGUGAUAUGCCCUCCAACCCUCACCGGACACUGGGUGUAUGAGGUGGAGAAGUUCCUGCCGACCCGUUUCUUGCGCCCACUUCAUUACGUUGGACUGCCGGUGGAUCGAGAACGCCUUCGUCACAAGCUUGGGACGUACAAUUUGAUCAUCGCAUCGUACGAGAUCGUACGAAAAGACAUCGAGUUUUUCAGUUCAGUCCAUUGGAAUUAUUGCGUUCUGGAUGAAGGUCACAUUAUUAAGAACGGUCGUACGAAGAGUUCCAAGGCCAUUAAGCAGCUGGUAGCUAAUCAUCGUUUGAUCCUCUCGGGUACACCGAUCCAGAACAACGUGUUGGAGCUGUGGUCACUGUUCGACUUCUUGAUGCCUGGGUUCUUGGGAACGGAGAAGCAAUUCAGCACCCGCUUUUCCCGUCCGAUUUUGGCUAGUCGUGACCCGAAGAGCUCGGCCAAAGAACAAGAGGCUGGAGCGUUAGCCAUGGAAGCGCUGCACCGACAGGUUUUGCCAUUUCUGCUGAGACGCGUCAAGGAGGACGUAUUGACCGAUCUGCCGCCGAAGAUUACGCAAGAUUUGCUGUGUGAAUUGAGCCCACUGCAGGAACGGUUGUACGAGGACUUCAGCCGAAUGCAUCUCAACUCGGACAUUCGGGAAUGUUUGGAAAAUAUCGACGGACAGAUUGUGAGCAAGAAGACGCACGUGUUCCAGGCGUUGAGGUAUUUGCAAAAUGUCUGCAACCAUCCAAAGCUUGUCCUUCAACCCUCGCACCCGGAAUACCAAACGAUUUUGUCGGAAAUCAGCUCGAUGGAUGACAUCGAACAUUCGGCCAAGUUGCCGGCAUUAAAGCAAUUGCUGCUGGACUGCGGUAUUGGAACCAACGAGGACAUGUCGGUCAAUCAGCACCGGGCGCUGAUCUUCUGCCAGCUGAAGGCCAUGCUGGACAUUAUCGAGAACGAUCUGCUGAAGAAACAUCUGCCGGCGGUUUCGUACUUGCGGUUGGAUGGCAGUGUGCCACCCAGCUCGCGUCAUCAGAUUGUGACCAAGUUCAACGGGGAUCCCAGCAUUGAUGUGCUGCUGCUCACUACUCAGGUCGGCGGCCUUGGUCUGAAUCUUACCGGAGCGGACACGGUCAUUUUCGUCGAGCACGACUGGAACCCGAUGAAGGACCUCCAGGCCAUGGAUCGAGCGCAUCGUAUCGGCCAGAAGAAGGUGGUGAACGUGUACCGGCUGAUCACGCGUAAGUCCCUCGAGGAAAAGAUCAUGGGGCUGCAAAAGUUCAAACUGCUGACCGCGAACACGGUGGUGAGCGACGAGAACGCUUCGAUGGAAACGAUGGGCACCGAUCAGCUGUUGGAUUUGUUUGCGCUCAGCGAUGGCAGCCGGAAGACGGACAAGACAGACAGGGGAUCUACAAGUGCCGGGUCUACGGCAGCUACUCCUGGAGCAUCGGGAACCGAUGCCAACGGCGCGAAUGGCGCCGGCAAUACCAUGAAGAACGUGUUGGAGAAUUUACCGGAGUUGUGGGACGACAACCAGUACCAUGAGGAGUACGAUCUGUCCCAGUUCUUGGAAGGACUGAAGAAAAACUAGUCCAUGAGUGAGUGAUGAAUUGUGCUUUAGCCAGUAAGAGCAAUUGAAAUUGGAGCGUUGCAGCUCUGCUAUGUUAAGUUUUUAUUUCUUAAGUAGUACUGAACCUAGAUUGAACCGCUGUAUCCAAACUCUAGCCCAUCCAAACCCUGUUUUCUACUGUUCUGCUCAGAUUCUUCCAGAUGCGCAUACAACUUUUGGUUUUAGCCAUUUUUAAUUCUAAUCGGUCCUCAUAUAAUUACAUUUACCAACUAUUUCUAACGUUAUAAUUGAAAUGAAUUAUAUCCCAACAAAAUUAGUAGACAUCAUUAGAAUAAACUUUUUGGAUAAAUC